AUGUGCCAACACAGCCGCGUGUUCGAUGGUCCCGGGAUUUCCUUACCAGGUGUUACAGCACUGCGUCUCCAGGUUGAGGGCGCGGGUUUUGUCCGUGUGAAGAUGUGCUCCCUGGCGUUGUUUCCCCCUCCUCUUCCCUCGGGACAGACCACUCUGUGUGAGUCCAACAACGAGCUGCUGUCCGGGACCAACAGUGAGGAGCGCCUCAAACAGGACUCCAGUCCUCUGAGUCUACACUUCCCACGAGAGUCCCUGAAGCUCCACAGUCGCACUGAAAGCAGCAGUAAAGCAGCUUUCCUGGACCACUCUGAAACUCUGUGGAUGAGGAGUGCAGCUGCGUGGCGUGACGGUGGGCUCACAGGGCUGCUAAAUGAAAUUACCACCUCACAUGCAGAGGUGCCCAAGUGGCUGUCGGUGAGCUCUGGAUGCGUCCUGGCGCUGCUGCGAUGGGUCUCCUCCUUCCACGGCUCGCUGUUCCCUCAUCUCACCCUGAGCAGCGAGGACAUGAUCGCUGAGUUUUCACAGGUGCUGAAUUGGUCUGACUGUGUGGUGCGAGCCUUCGCCUGGCACCCGCACACUGAUAAGUUUGCAGUCGCUUUGUUAGAUGACUCUAUCAAGAUCUACAACCCCAAAAGCGCCACAACUCCCACGCUGAAGCACCGUCUGCAGAGGAGCGUGGCGGCGGUGCGCUGGAAGCCGCUGUGCGCCUCGGCCCUGGCCGUGGCCUGUCAGAACUGCCUGCUGGUCUGGCACGUUGACCCCUGCUCGCUCUCAACCAGGCCUUCGUCCGGCUGCGCUCAGGUCUUGUCCUAUCCCGGCCACUCCCCCGUCACCUCCAUCGCCUGGUCUCCCAGCGGGUCUCUCCUGGUCUCCGCCUCGCCUGUGGACACCGCCAUGAUGGUUUGGGACGUUGCGGCGGAGAGCUGCGUCCCCCUCCAGCGUGUUGGGGGUGGAGGCGUCACUUUCCUGUCCUGGUCCCCGGACGGCAGCCACGUCCUGGCCUCCACUCCGUCCGCCCUCUUCAGGGUGUGGGAGACCAGGAUGUGGACCUGUGAGCGUUGGCCGUGUCUGAAAGGGCGCUGCCAGUCUGGCUGCUGGAGUCCAGAUGGGAGUCGCCUUCUCUUCACUGUCCAGGGGGAGACGACGGCCGCUGUGGUGGCCGACCUAUCAGAGACCACCUUCAACACACCAGAUGGAGAGAUCAUAGUUGGCGGAAAGAUUCAGUCGCUGGCCUGGGAUCCGAGAGGAGAGAGACUCGCGGUGCUUCUCAAAGGCGAUCCACAAACGUCGAGCCGCCCGGCGAUCAUCGCUGUGUUCAAGACCAGAGCCAACCCCAUCUUUGAGCUCCUACCAUGUGGUUUUGUUCAGGGGGAACCAGGCGUGGAGCCCAGACUCAUGCAGUUCCACCCGAAUUUCCGACAUGGGGCUCUGCUCACUGUGUGUUGGUCCAGUGGAAGAAUAACUCAUGUGCCUUUCUACUUCCUGAGCGCGGCUACUCCCCACAUCGGCCUCAGCGGGAGUCCGUCCAUGCCCCACCCGCAGGAAAGGCCGGCUGACUUUCCCAACCAGUCGCUCUUCACAGAGCUCAUCUCUUGACAGACCAGGAAAUUCUGCAAUCAGAUGAAUAAAAUUGGUGUAGAAAGGUGA